CUCGGCGCCCCUCCGCCGAGCGCAGGCAGCUCCCGGCGCGGCCCCGCUCCGCCUCUGGCCCCGGUUUCCGGGAGGGGCCCGCGGCCCGGCCCUCGUCCGCGGCCCCGGCCGGCCGCCGCCGCCGCCAUGGUGCCCCAGCAGCUGCGCCUCGGCGCCGCCGUGCGUGGCCAUGGCGGCUAUGAUUCUGAUUUCAGUGAUGAGGAGAAUGGAGAGAAGUCUGUGCAAAAGACUAAAAGCACAAAGGAAGAAAGCCUUCUGGUAAAGCCAUUCCAAAAAGCAAAAGAAGGCAAUGUGGCUCACAGACAAUUUGCAGCUGAAGAAUGGGAUAGGGAAGAAGCAAGAAAAAGAAGAUUUCACUUGAUAGCGAUGGAUGCUUAUGAAAGACAUAAAAAGUUUGUGAAUGACUACAUUUUAUACUAUGGUGGCAAAAAGGAGGAUUUCCGACGUUCUGGAGCAAAUGACAAGACGGAUCUUGAUAUUAUAAGAGAAAACCAUAGAUUCCUGUGGAAUGAAGAUGAUGAAGCAGAUAUGAAUUGGGAGAAGAGACUUGCAAAGAAGUAUUAUGAUAAAUUAUUCAAAGAAUACUGUAUAGCAGAUCUCAGUAGAUAUAAAGAGAAUAAGUUUGGAUUUAGAUGGAGACACGAGAAAGAAGUAAUUUCAGGAAAAGGUCAGUUUUCUUGUGGAAAUAAGCACUGUGAUGAGGAAGAAGGCCUGAAGAGCUGGGAGGUGAAUUUUGGUUAUGUUGAACACGGUGAAAAGAGGAAUGCACUUGUGAAAUUGAGACUAUGUCCAGAAUGUUCCUACAAACUAAACUUUCAUCACCGGAGGAAAGAAAUCAAAGCAAGCAAGAAAAGAGGCACAGCUGCACUGAGCUCUAAAGAACCAAAAGUUAAGAAGACAAAAUUAUCUCGUUCAACAAAAAAGAAGUCAAAAAAAAAGACCCAUAAAGAUGAGGUUUCUUCAGAAGAUUCAGAUAAUUCUGAUAAAGAUUCAGAUAACAGUGAUGUGCAAGAUGGUCCUUCAGAUGCUGAUUUUUGGAAAGGUCCUCUGCAAGAAACAGAUGAAAAAUCACGGGAAGAAGAGUUUGAUGAAUACUUUCAAGACUUGUUUCUCUGAGACUUGAAAUUGAUGUAGGUUGAUUUUCUUCAUGAAUUGUCUAGAUGAGCAUCUGGAAAUUGAUUCACAAUUAGGGACCAUAAACCUCUUUCUGACAACAUACCUUUUCCACGGUCACUCCAUAUGAACCGUCUGACUGGAUUAUCUUUGCAGAAGGCUUCAGGGCUAAAAGCUUUCUUUUUCUUGUGGUAAGCUGAAUAUUCAUGAAAUAUGAGAAAUAUUUUUUCAGUUCAUACCAAAAGAUUUAUGACACCCUAUCGUAAAAAUCGGAAGAAGGUAAACAAGCAAGAAAAUAGUUUAUUGACAGUAUACCACAGAAGUAGGCUGUUCCUUUAUUUUAUCCCAAAAUUCAGUUGCCAGAUUUUUGUAAAGGGCAUUUUAGAAGAUUCUAUUACUGGUUUAAAAACAUACACUUUAUUAUACUCAUGUUUGUAAUUUAUUAAACAAGAGUUAAUAGCCUUGAAGUUAUCAGUCACAUAGACUUCAAUAUUCAGAUAUUAGCCUGUGUAUUUUUAAAUGCCAUUAGAGAAGUUCAUUUUUGUCAACAGUGUAUUUUACUUGAAUUUAAGUAAAUCAUAUCUGAAAUGUCUCCCCUGCUCUUUAAGAAGUUUUCAUUGUGACCUUGUUUUAAAUUUUAUUUAUAAUAUGAUGUGACUAGUAAUUCCACUCCUUACUAAAAAUCUGAAUGGCUGUUGGAAUCUUUGAUUUAAUAAAGUGUGUGGCUUGCCAC